AUGGGUACUCCCGUCGCUAUAGCAGAAGUCCCUCCAGUGACUGAUACAGAGACCAAGACCGGAAGUGGGAAUGGGAAUGGGAUUAAGAGGGGACAGGGGACCGAGAGGUCGAAUGGAUCAGGUACCGCGACGGAGAACGGUACUGGCGCAACCCGGACAGAGCAUAUCACGAUCGAGAGCGCUAGCGCGCCGUUUGAGAGAGGAACUCCGGUUGAGGAAGAGAACGAUACAGGCGCAGCCCGGACAGAGACUAUUACUACGAUCAAGGACGAUACAGAAGCAGCACGGACGGAGACUACAAUGGUCAAGAGCGGGAGCGUGCAUGGGAAAGGUGCCGCUACGAUCAAGACGGAGAGCGAACCUGGGACAGGGCCAUGA